AUGCAAUGCAGGCUUCUGUUUUUAAAAGGAAAAGAAAGGAAAGGAGAGGAGUCUCCCACUUGGGAGAAAUCAGGAAGCAGGGACGGCUAGCCAUCAGGAAUUUGGGAGCAUUCCCGAGGGAUGAUAAGGAUUCGGAACAUACAGAUGGAAAAUUAGAAGAAAAAGCUGUGGAUGGUGAUUUUGAUAUAAUUUCUUUAAAGAAACAUCUUUUUCAAGAUAUUUUUAUGGAGCAUCAAAAGAAUAAUAAACUACAAUUUGGCUACGUUUGUGAAAAUCCAAUGCAGUGGGAACAGAGGUUCGAGGAAAAGGAUUUUGCGGAAAAUCGACAUCGUGGAAAGGUGAAAUGGGGAAACAUUGAUGGUAGCUACGGUGAACACUAUUGGGACUUGAAUCAUAAAUGAUAAAUCACCUACAUAUCCUCGUCUUAUGUAACAUCCUUCCUUUUAAUAACUACACAGUCGAACCAGUAAAGAUACUUCAACAAAAUUUUUUCAUUAUAGGUACAAUAAAUAAAGGGUCAAACUCCUGUAAAUGAUUGUAGUUAUAAUCCUUAAUUAAGUAAAUUCAAACGACUUACGAUAAGAAGUGACUAUACUUUUUGUACCUGUUUGUAAUAUUUCAAUACGAUAUAAUUACUGUAUGUAACAUCCGUGUAGAUGCAGCAGAGCAAUUUGUA